CCGCAGUAAAGAAUUGUCAUGCCGCGCAUCCGCUCCCAGUAAAAGGAUGGAGCGGGAAUUGACAGAUACUGUUUAAUAGAAAUAUUUACAAUUCCAUUUUAUAAAACAAAGGAUAUCCUAUAGACAACCAUGGGUGAAAACAGCGGUGGUAUCUGGAAACUCUCAAGUUCUAAAGUGGCUUUGGCUGUGCUGGCCGGAGCAGGCGUUUCUUACGGACUGUACAAACUGGUUUUCUGCAAUUCUUGUCUAAGAAAGUCAUUACAGGACGGCCGUUCUGUUGAAGCUGCACGGCAGGAAAGAGGUUUGCUGGAUAAAGUGUCGGGUUUGUCUGUAAUUCCUAGCGACGAGUCACAUGAUGCAUUUACUUCUAAGUCUGCAAGCAACCUGGAACCAGAGCAUCUAAAAAUGCUGAUACUUUUGCUUCAGACCAGUUUGGACCCAUCUAGUAGGAAAAAGGCAUUAGUGACUUUGGGAAACAGUGCAGCUUUCUCUGUUAAUCAGGACUAUAUUCGUGAAAUGGGUGGUCUUCAUAUCAUUGGAGGCUUUCUAUCAGAUCAUGAUUCCGACAUCAAAGUUCAGGCUUUGAAUGCCCUGAGUAACCUAAGUAUGAAUGUGAAAAACCAAGAGUUAUUAAAGGUGUAUGUAAGGGAAACUUUGGAUAUCAUAGAGACUGCUCCUUUGAGCUCAGAGCUUCAGUUAGCAGGACUAAGAAUGCUGACAAACAUGUCUGUUACAAAUAAUUACCAAUACAUGAUGAAGACUUCAGUUACUCUCUUCCUUUCACUCUUGGUGGUAGGAAGUGAAUCAUUGCAGAUUCAAGUGCUAAAAGUUCUGGUGAAUUUAUCUGCCAAUCCAGACUUGGUGGAGGAUAUCCUCAAAGCCCAGGCACCAGCAUCACUUAUUUUAUUGUUUGACAGCUGCACAAACACAGAGGUUCUUGUUCGAGCAUUGACCUUUGUUGGAAAUUUGAAGGACUCGGAGGCUUCUAUCCACAUAACAGAAAUUCUUAAACUUAAAAAGGAUUCUUUAUACUUCAUUCUACAUGGAGAAACCUCUCAGUUUUAUCAAAAACUGUCCUUACUGCUACUACAUCCUAAUGCAGAAGUGAAAAAUCAAGUGGCAAAGAUAAUGGUAUCAAUAUAAAAAUGUACAUUGAUUCUAAGGUAUAAAAGCUGACCAAAUUAAAGAAAGCCUUCUAUUCACAGUUA